AUGGCAAGAGAGAAAGUGAAAUUGCCGAAAUUGGAAGGUUUGAAAUGGCCGACGAAGGAGUCUGUCUGGACCGGGCUGACGGCGAAUCACUUCAAAUGGAUCUACGAGCCCGUUUCGAUCUUGCUCAUUGCACUCUCUUACUAUUCCCAUAAGUACUUUUACGACAACAGGCAAGCGUUCGGAAUUUCAGAAAAAUGGGCAUUUUCGAUCGCCUGUUGGGUGCCGGGGCUAGUAGGCUUUUGGUUCUUCGGAUUCGCCUUUUUAGCUCUCGACUACUUCACUAAAGAAGAAGGAAAACUGUACAAGCAACGGACAACUGUACCUGUCAGAAAAAUGCUUCCCAUCCUCCUUCGGAAUCAUUUUCUACACCUCGCCAUCUGUCCUUUUCUAACUGUAAAGCUCUUCGACUGGGCACAAAUCGAACCACGGGCUCCAGGAGAAGAAACUUUCAUUAACAUCUUCAUUUCUUGCGUGUUGUGUGGCCUUGCUUUCGAAGUGACUUUCUUCUUCUGUCACUACUUAGAACACAUGUUUCCUUCUGUGUACAGAAAUUGCCAUCUGCUUCACCACACGACGAAGGCAGAUAUCGCUCUCAGCGGCUAUUACAUGACGGUUAUUGACUACUUUGGAGAAGGACCGAUCCCGAUGAUGAUGCAGUUGCUCCCGACCAUCUUCUUUAGGAGCUCUUCUACCGCAGUUAUUCACGGAAUCUAUUUGAACAUCUUGUACGCGACUACAGUCCAUUCGGGCUGGCGAGUGCCCGGAGUAAGCCAUCCCGGAAUGCACUGGCUGCAUCACAACCACAUCACCAAAGUAGGCGAGGCGAUCAACUACGCUACUCACUUCGAUUUGAUGGAUUUGCUCUGGAACACCAAGAGCUACAAAUACCUCGAGGUGGAAAAACAGCUCAACGAAGAACGAGCAGCUCAGAAGCAAAAAUAA